AUGUCUUGUCCGGAAUGCUUCUCUGGCCAUGUGAGCCUUGACGAACCCCUCGGCAAUAUCGAGCAAGUCUACGGGCGACGUACUUAUGUCGCCAAACCACCUUCCGGCAAGCAGCCGCUUGGCAUCGUCGUGAUCAUCGCUGAUGCCUUCGGUAUGCCCUUUGUCAACAAUCAGAUCUUAGCAGACCACUACGCUGCACUUGGACAAUACACCGUCUAUCUGCCCGACUUCAUGGAUGGCGGCGAAGCCCCCGUCAGAAUGAUGUAUAACAUCGCCUACUUCUCCGAGUCCUCGUGGUUGUGGAAGCCCUACUAUGCAGUGGCCUUUGCCAUGGACCUCAUGCCGCAUCUAUGGCGCAAUAGGAUGGGUGUUUGCUGGCCACGAAUGACAUCCUGGUUCAGCGCUCUUCGCUCAGACGUGUCCCUGCCUAUCGCAGCUGCGGGUUUUUGUUGGGGCGGCCUCCAUGCCGUCAUGCUCACUCAUGAUCGCGCAGAUACCAAGCUUCCAUCAGGCCGGCCUUUGAUUGAUGCGAGCUUUGUUGCACAUCCAAGCAACCUCGUUGUUCCAGGGGACAUUGAAAAAGUCAAGCUACCACUCUCCAUCGCGAUUGGUGACGACGAUUUCGUCAUGCCGCUUCAUCAAGCCAGGCAGGCAGAGCAAAUGCUGGAAAAGAGUGGUGAUGCUCAAGCGGAGGUCGUUUUCUAUUCGGGCGCAAGACAUGGGUUUGCUGUUCGUGCCAGUAGGUCGACACCAGACAGCAAGGAGACUCGGCAGGCGAAGGAGGCAGAAGAGCAGGCAAUCGCCUGGUUCAAGAAGCAGUUCGCUGCUGUCGGUCAUCAAUAG